AUGAAUAAGCCGCCGGAGAACGAUCUAUGUUCGAUUUGCCAUGCCCACUUCACGGCUCCUUGCCAAGCCAAUUGCUCCCAUUGGUUCUGCGGAAAUUGCAUAAUGCUUGUGUGGAGGCAUGGAUCAACACUACAGCCAUGUAAAUGCCCCUUGUGUCGUCGUCCAAUCAGUUUGCUUGUUCCUUCAGAGGACACAAUCAGAGACCGUAACGACUCUGCGGUUGCUGAGGUUCUUGGUAGUCUUGAAACGUAUAACCGACUCUUUGGCGGGCGUUCAAGUAGUUUAGUUCAGAGAAUGCAAGAUCUUCCCUUCUUACUCCGCAGGUUGUUGCGGGAAAUGAUGGAUCCGCAAAGAACGCUUCCACUUGUCAUCAGGGCUCGGGUCUAUAUCGCAAUGAUUCUCAGUGGUGUUUACAUCAUCAGUCCUAUAGAUAUAAUUCCGGAAGGCGUUCUUGGGGUAGUCGGUUUGCUUGAUGAUCUACUCAUAGCCCUGAUUUGUUUCCUCCAUGUUGCUGCCUUGUACCGCUCGGUUCUCUAUUUCCGUCAUGCCGGUUCGUGA